AUGCUAGACCAUCUCCCAAUCGAGGUGAUCGUCGAAAUCCUCUCGCGGCUGCCGGUGAAGUCGCUGGUCAGAUUCAUUUGCGUUUCCAAGACAUGGUACUCUCUGAUCUCCAGCCCCCACUUCAUCGCCACCCACCUCAAUCGCGCUAUCUCCGAUCCCCAAUACCCACCUUACCUUCUCUUGGGCCACUACGACGACGAGAUGCAGAAAGCGCGCUUCACUCUUCAUUCUUCCGAUGACCCAUUCCCUCGCAAGCAUAUUUACAAACAGGUGAACUACAGCUUCGCAGCACUGAAUCAACUUCUGUAUUAUCUCAGAGAUGAAGUAGAACGGAAAGGGGGUUUCUUCGAAUGCGCAUCGGAUUUCACAGAAUUCCAUCGCCCGCCGAAGAGCAGCGGCCGAUUUUUCAGCAUAGUGGGUUCGUCUAACGGCCUUCUUUGUCUGGCCGAUGACGUUUCCGGUUGCGAUAGCUGUGAGUAUGUUCUAUGGAAUCCUUCUAUUCAAAAGGCCAUACGCCUUCCGAGCCCUGAAUCUCAUGGCCCGCAUAUGCAUUCUCUGGGUUUUGGUUAUGAUCCAGCAUCCGAUGAUUACAAGCUAGUGAGACUUGCGUAUCUUGAGGGCAAGACUCGUAUUCGUUUCAACACGGUUCCACCUCUGGUUGAGAUUUACACGCUUCGCACCGGCGCGUGGCGCUCGGUUGCCGCCCCCGGCCCUCCCUAUGUGAUUGGUGAGCGGUCCUUUUCGGCUUUGGUGAAUGGGGCGGUCCACUGGCUCGCACACACUCCGCUGUGCCAGCAUGCUUUUCGCAAUGUAAUCGUGUCGUUCAAUGUGGGGGAUGAUGCUUUUGGUGAAAUGGCUGUGCCUGAGGAAUUACAAGGGUAUCUCUUGAACAUGGCUGUUACGGUGCUUGAUGGGUCUCUUGCGCUUGUCCCUUGUAAUCGAAGGUCAGGAGACGAGUGCCACUCCGUGUGGGUGAUGAAGGAGUACGGAACAGCAGAAUCUUGGACUAAGCUGUUUGAUAUUGACAUUGAAGGAGGAUUGGAGAGGGUGAUUGGCUUUACCGAGAAUGGUGAAGUUCUUCUAGUCACCAAGGAUGGAAAGCUGGUUUCUUACGAACCUAGUAGCCAAGAAACAAUGGAUCUUCACAUUCGAGGCCUAACGGAGUCGUUUUAUUUGGAUACUUAUGUGGAGAGCAUUGUUCUGCUGAAUGUAGCAGAUGGAGUCCUGGGACGGCAGGCGACUCAGUCUGGCGCUAAUUAA